AUGGAACAGUACCGGCAUGCUCUUGCUAUCGAGCUAAAAGCUCCCUAUCCCAAUCAACAAAAGAUCGCGACUCGUUACAUGAACAUGGGUGAUCUUCUUCGUCAACUCGGUCGUUUCGAUGAAGCACGUAAGAGUGUCAAGACUGCCCUGAAAAUUGAACUCGACAUUCUUCCACCCACCCAUCCUGAUUUGGCCAAGACACACGGUCACUUAUUUGACAUUUGUCAUUCAAUGAGCGAUUAUCCGACAGCACUUGAACACGCAAAAGAAUCAUUUCGCAUUGCCCAAAAAUCCCAUGCAGCCAAUCAUUUUCGCAUCGCAACUGCUCACAAUAACGUUGCUGCAGCUUUAGACAAACUCGAACGGCAUAAAGAAGCACUCAAAGAAGCUGAAAAGGCAGUGGAAAUCGGUCGACAUACCUAUCCACUUGGUCACCCUGAAAUGCGUGUGCUUGAAAAUUCAUUGAAUGCACUUCGCUGGAAGAUCAGUCAACUCGUUGAUAAUGGUUAA